AUGUCAAGUAUGACACUGAACGAAGCGCAGCACAGAGCUCUUGGAGUCAAUGCAGCUUUCAUCAUUUUCAUAACCAUCAUAAUGGGGAUGCGAAUGUGGGCCAGGCUUGUUAUUACUAAGGCUCUCGGCGUCGAUGAUAUCAUUAUGGCUGUCGGAACCCUUGCCACCAUUAGUCUUUCAAUUACUGUGAUGGUAUCCGUUGUUCGUGGGAUUGGUAAGAUGAAAGCAGACAUACCUUUAGAAGCUUGGGAACCUAUGCUAUUGUCAUUAUGGGUCGCGCGAUUGAUCUACGCUGUUGCUAUGCUACUAGUCAAAGUUGCCCUCCUUCUUUUCUAUUUGAGGCUCGAUAAUCGACCGAUGAUGCGAGUGGCGGUAUACAGUUUGAUGGUGGUGAUAUUUGGAAUGGGUAUCGCACACUUUGUCGUGUCAGUCAUCGAAUGCAGUCCACCUGCAGUCUUUUGGACCUCUAGAGGAGAUCGUGGAGUGUAUAUGAGACAAUGCAUGACCCAAGCCAUGCAGCAGGCAUUUUGGGAUGCUGCUGGUAUCCUUGUUAUUGUCACCGAUAUUUGUCUAUGGGCUUGCCCGAUCCCCAUGAUAUGGGGUCUGCAGCUACCGAAGCGGCAGAAAUGGGUUGUGUCGGGAAUUUUCGCCUUCGGCAUAAUAUCGGUUGUCGCUGGAUGUGUUCGCUUCUACUAUGUUCGCCAACUGGCAAACGAGCCUGAGUUAUACCGUCAACUUGCCGAUUCACUUAUUUGGUACGCGUUGGAACUUUACGUCGCUAUAUUUUGCGGUUGUUCCUCUGCUUUGAAAGUGUUCUGCAAAAGAUACUUUCCUUCUCUUCUUGGUUCCUCAACUUCAAAAACGAAAUAUGCGCUCGACAGUUACGGGAAUGACGGCACAAGAUUAAGAACAACGAACGCGCACCCGUUGGUCAGCUUAUCGAAGAAUGUUACGGGCAACCAUACGACAAUCUCAUCAACUGGGCGGAAGGGAAGAUCAGAAGCGGGCGCCCCAGAUUGCUACAGAAAUGACAGUGAAGAGGCCAUCAUGUCAAGCAAUCAAGGUAUUCGCAUGAAGACUGAGGUACAACAAGAGGUCAUGAGAACAUCGACCGACUCAGAGAAUAAAAAUUCGAGAACGGAAACGGGGGAUCGUACCCAUGCUUGGUCUUUUGUUAAAUGA